AUGCCUGUUCAUCAUCUCAUGGUCGGUACCUGGACUCCUCCAGGUGCUAUCUUCACUUUUGCCUUUGACGAUGAAGCUCUUACACUUAAGCUUGUGAAAAGGACCGAGAUCCCCAAGGAUGAGCCCAUUUCAUGGAUGACAUUUAGUAAUUUUACUCACAUUGCCCUCCAGCAUGAUCGCAAAGCUAUUUACGGUGCUGCUAUGAAGAAGUGGUCCAGUUUCGCCGUCGAAUCGCCAACUUCGAUAACUCACCAAGUCUCUCACCCAAUGGAGCACGAUCCCAAUGCUUCUCUUGCCACCACGAACACCCGUGCCAUCUUCCUUCUCGCAGCGAACAAGCCUCCUUAUGCCGUCUACUGCAAUCCUUUCUAUGAUCACGCUGGCUACGGCGCUGUCUUCACCACCGAUUCCACUACAAAGGCUCUCAAGGAAAAUGUUCAGAACUACCCUUACCAGCCUAACACGGGUAUUCACGGAAUGGUCUUUGAUCCUGAGGAGGAGUACCUUUAUUCUGCCGACCUCCGUGCUAACAAGAUCUGGACCCAUCGCCGUGUCAACAAAGACAACCCUUCUCUUGAGCUGGUCGGUUCUGUCGAUUGUCCUGAUGCUCGAGACCACCCCCGCUGGGUGGCCAUGCAUCCUACUGGAAACUACCUCUACGCUCUUAUGGAGAAGGGCAACCGAAUCUGCGAGUACCUCAUCGAUCCCGCAACUCGUCUGCCCGUUUACACUCAUAAGCACUACCCUCUGAUCCCUCCAGGUAUCCCUGAUAGGUGGACACAGUACCGUGCUGAUGUCUGCGUGCUUUCGUCGUCGGGCAAGUAUCUCUUUGCCUCGUCCCGUGCCAACUCCUUCGACCUGACAGGGUAUGUGGCCGCCUUCAAGCUCUCGGAUACCGGCGCCAUUGAGCGCCAGAUCUGCCUCAAUCCUACACCUACGAGUGGUGGACAUAGUAAUGCGGUUGCACCUUGCCCUUGGACAGAUGAGUGGGUAGCAAUCACGGAUGAUCAAGAAGGUUGGCUGGAGAUCUACCGCUGGCAAGAUGAGCACCUCGCCCGUGUUGCAAGGGUCAGAACACCAGAACCUGGUUUCGGCAUGAACGCCAUCUGGUAUGACUGA